AUGGCGGAUGCUGAGGUCACUGUGUCUUCGGGGGAUCUCAUGAUGGUGAAGGAAGAGGAGGGGGAGUCCAGUGGCAACAACCAUAAGACUCAAGUCAUCCUGCACCUGCAGCCCAUCUUGCAUGGGGUAAAUGAUGACAUUGUUGACACCGGCACUACAGUCUUGGCCAUAGAGACUCACCAUGAUGAAAGUCAAGCAGAAGGAGAGGCGAUCGAGUAUGGCUACCCCAUCACCUGUGGAGAAAGCAGAGCUGUGUUACUGUUCAAGAAGUUUGUGUGCCCCGGAAUUAACGUUAGAUGUGUCAAAUUCAAUGACCAGCUCAUCAGUCCGAAGCAGUUUGUUCACCUGGCAGGGAAAGCCACCCUGAAGGACUGGAAAAGGGCCAUCAGACUGGGAGGGGUUAUGCUCAGAAAAAUGAUGGACUCCGGCCAAAUAGAUUUCUACCAGCAUGAUACCGUGUGCAGCAACACCUGCCGCAGCACUAAAUUUGAUGUGCUGAUCAACAGCACACGGCUUCCUCCAGGGACGUCAGUACAGCCGAGCCCAUCCUGCCUGGCUCUUGACCCUCUUGGAGGACAGGUGCCUCCCCUGACAGGAGAGGUUGUACAUGAUGCAGCAGAGGAAAAGGAGCCCUCGGAGGAUAAGUUUUGUACAACGGCAGAGUGGAGCCCUGGUCUAGCCAGGCCUGUAAACCCCACAACAGCCAAUGGACAUGCUGCAAAGAGAAAAAGGGCUGACAUACCUGAUGGAAUACUGAGCCUGUGGAAGGGUGUGUCGGACUCUGGGCUGAUGAGAGACGUCCUGUCCAGUCUCCAGACUGAAUUAUUAGCCACUCUUAAAGGAGUGGAGGUUCGCAGCAAGAAGGCCAACCUGCAGGAGACAGAUGCCGUCAUACUUAAUUCCCUUUGUGAGAUGUUUGGGCUUUUAGACUCAGUGAAGCAAGCUCUGGACCAGAGGCGCAGCCAGAAUGAAGAGAACAAAUUCCGUGAUGAGUUGGAUGAGAUCUUUGAGGAACGUAGGAAGCAGGGUAGUGUUAAAAAUACCUCCCACAAACACCUGAAACACCUUCGACCACAACGUCACAACCCAUCAAGCAGCCAAACCCAGAACUUGCUGUCACCAGUCAUCAGCAGUCCCAUGAUCCAGCCUCUCUCUGUUCUGGGUUUAUCUGCAGCAUCUUACACUCAGCUCACCAUAAACUCUCAGCAAUUCCCCCACAUCUCUGCCUCCAGUGGCCAGCGUCACCAUGCUGCAGCUGGCAGGACAGAAAGGGACGAUCAAAGUGCCACUCUGGAGAUGGAGCAUGAGCUGUGUGAGACAGGCAACCGGAAGAAGGAAACCUCAGGGAUCCACAAAGAGCAUGGACAGAGGACCAUUAUAGUUCAAGAAGGCCCUCACCUUAGAAGUGAGGUAGUAGAGGAGAGAGAGAGCUUGCAUGAUACUAAAAAGUUGGUUUUAGGAAAAAAGGCAUCAAAGAAAUAUAAAAUUAAGUAA